UCGGCGUCUGUUGUGGUCCCGUUAUAAGGCGCAUCAGGACAGGCCAAGUGCUGUCAGUGCUUCGUUUUCAUGUCUGUAUUAUCACUCGAUAAUUACAUUUAGCCUGUUAACGGUGGUUAGUUUGCACUGCAAGUGAUGUUUUUUUCAUCCGCGCUCUUAAGAGCGCCACAACAAACAACAGCUAACGUAGCUAAAGCUGGAGCUGCUCUCUGAGGCGCCUUCACGCAGCUUCGAAAAUGUCCACGUUGAGAGCGUUUUUAGUAACUUUGAGGCUGAAAGUGGACCUUAUGAGAGAAGUGGGUCGGCAGUACCCUGUCUUCUGUUUUCUGCUUGUCCUCCUGCUCCUCGCCACUGUCCUGUUGAACAGGUAUCUUCACGUCAUCAUCAUUUUCUGGUCAUUCUUAGCUGGAGUAGUUACUUUCUAUUGCUCAUUAGGGCCUGAGACCCUGCUCCCUAAUAUCCUCAUAACAGUUAAACCAAAGAAAAAGCCAGAACUGCAAGAGUUGUUUCCCUUGGCUCACAGUUGUGCUGUCUGUGGGAAAGUUAAAUGCAAAAGACACAGACCAACACUGCUUCUUGAAAACUAUCAGCCAUGGCUGGAUUUAAAAGUGCACUCCAAAGUGGACACAUCUCUUUCAGAGAUUCUUGAGCUGGUCCUUGAAAACUUUGUAUACCCGUGGUAUAGGGACAUUACAGAUGAUGAGGCAUUUGUGGAUGAACUCAGGGUGACUCUGCGGUUUGUAGCUGCAGUGCUGGUCCGCCGAGCUCAGAGAGUAGAUAUUCCAUCUCUUAUAACACUCAAACUGCUAAAAGUUGCCAUGAAACAUAUCGAAAUUAUUGCAAAAGCAAGACAAAAAGUGAAGAACUCUGAGUAUCUGCAGCAGGCUGCGUUAGAGGAGUAUGGUCCUGACCUGCAUGUGGCCUUGCGCAGCAGAAGGGAUGAGCUACUGUACCUACGCAAACUUACAGAGAUGCUCUUCCCUUAUAUCUUACCUCCAAAAGCCACUGACUGCAGAUCUCUUACUCUUCUGAUAAGAGAAGUUCUUGCUGGCUCUGUUUUCCUUCCCUCCAUGGAUUACUUGGCUGAUCCUGACACUGUGAACCACUUACUGCUCAUUUUCAUCGACAACUCUCCACCAGAGGCUGCUACUGAACCUGCCUCUGCAUUUGUCCCGUUCCUGCAGAAGUAUGCAGAUGUGCGCAGCAAGAAGUCUUCGGUGUUAAAACUAGAUCUCAAAGAGAUUCGGGAACAGCAGGACCUGCUGUUUCGCUUCAUGAACUUCCUCAAGCAAGAGGGAGCUGUUCACGUGCUCCAGUUCUGCCUCACUGUGGAAGAAUUCAACGAUAAGAUACUACGUCCAGAACUUUCUGAUGCUGAAAAGCUAAUGCUACACGAGGAGGUGAAAAAGAUAUAUGAAACAUACUGCCUUGAUGAGAGCAUUGACAAAAUUCGCUUUGACCCUUUUAUUGUGGAGGAGAUUAAAAACAUCGCAGAGGGCCCGUAUGCCGGCGUUGUGAAACUGCAGACUAUGCGCUGUCUGUUUGAGGCCUAUGAACAUGUCCUCUCCCUGUUGGAGAAUGUCUUUACUCCCAUGUUCUGCCACAGUGAUGAGUAUUUUAGGCAGCUGUUGAGAGGGGCUGAAUCCCCAACCAGAAACUCCAGACUUAGCAGAAAUAGCGUGAGUUUGGAUGACAUCCGCUCUACUGAUUGGGACUGUACCUUCAACCUUCAGUCUGUCUCCAUCUCUCCCGGCACCUCACUCGCAUCUGUCUCCCCUUACUUUUCAUCCAUUGUUAACCUUCCAUCCGGCUCUAAUGCCUGGCGAGCCGUAGCGCUGAAGAAUACAUCCAAGCGAGGAGAAUCUUUUGGCAUUAGCCGCAUUGGCAGUAAAAUUAAGGGGGUUUUCAAGAGCACUACAAUGGAAGGGGCCAUGCUGCCCUCUUAUGGACUUGCAGAGGGAGAGGAUGAUAUGGUAGAGGAGGCCAUCAUGGUCAUGGAGGAUGACUCACCCAUGGAGGCCAUCAGCACCCCAAGCACUCCUCGUAACCUGUCAGCCUGGAGCAUCACCAUCCCCUACGUGGACUUAUUUGAUGAUGAGGUCAAGAAGGAGAGGAUUCCAGUGUAUUGCAUUGAUGUAGAGAGGAAUGAUAGGAGAGCAGUGGGUCAUGAAACAGAACAUUGGUCUGUGUACCGAAGAUACCUUGAAUUUUAUGUUCUUGAAUCUAAACUCACAGAGUUUCAUGGAUCAUUCCCUGAUGCACAGCUUCCUUCCAAGCGGAUAAUUGGGCCGAAAAACUAUGAGUUUUUAACAUCCAAGCGUGAGGAAUUUGAGGAAUAUCUACAGAAACUACUGCAGCAUCCUGAGCUGAGCAACAGUCAGCUGCUAGCAGACUUCCUCUCCCCUCACAGCAUGGAGUCCCAGUUCCAUGACAAGAUGUUACCUGAUGUCAAUCUUGGCAAAAUAAUCAAAUCUGUGCCUAGCAAACUGAUCAAGGAGAAAGGGCAACACCUAGAGGCGUUCAUCCAGGCUUUCUUCAACUCAUGUGAAUCACCAAAGCCAAAGCCUAGCCGGCCAGAGCUCACAAUUCUCAGCCCCACAUCUGAGAACAACAAAAAGCUUUUCAAUGAUCUAUACAAAAACAAUGCAAACCGUUCUGAAGUCACAGAGAAGAGACACAAUCAAAAUUACUUCAUGGAGAUGAUCACUGUGGAGGGAGUAUAUGACUACUUAAUGUUUGUAGGUCGAGUGGUGUUUCAUAUACCUGAUUGGUUGCAUCACUUACUGAUGGGUGGACGCAUCCUGUUCAAGAACACACUAGAAGCGUAUACUGACUACUACCUGCAGAACAAACUAGACCAGGUUUUUCAGGAGCAUCGUGUGGUUUCACUCAUAACCCUGCUCAGAGAUGCUGUGUUCUGUGAGAACAGUGAGCCACGUUCUUUAGAAGACAAGCAAAAAAGAGCAAAGAAGACAUUCGAGGAAAUGAGGAAUUACAUUCCAGAUUUCCUUGGUAAAUGUAUUGGAGAGGAUGCUAAAUAUGAGGGGAUACGGCUUCUCUUUGAUGGACUUCAACAGCCAGUUCUCAACAAGCAGUUAACAUACAUAUUGCUGGAUAUAGCAAUCCAAGAACUUUUUCCUGAACUAAAUAAAGUACAGAGAGAAACUUCUGUCAUGGCUCCAUGGAUGUAGAAGAGGCACUAAGGAUGAUGAAACAUUCUUAUAUCCCUUGCAUGUAUAGCAUCCUGUAUAAAUAUCAGAAGGACUAGAAAUACACAUAUACAGUGUAUUUCAGAGAGUAUUUGUAAUUUUCUGUAAUGUGUAAUUUUCUGUUAUGGCUCAAAACAUGAAAUGUCUAUGAGAGAUGUGAUUGAUAAACAUUACACUAGAGAGAAUGAACAUACUGAACAGGCCUGAAAUGUCCAUGGGUAGAUCAUGUUUUUGAAUGUUAAAUAACUGUUAUUCAUAAUUAUGAAUCAUGAACAGCACAGGCAGUAGUCUGUCUCCCCCCAGCCCAAAACAGCGGGUCAAAUUAGCACUGAAUUCUCUGAAAGAUUGAAGGAAAGGGUUGUACAAACCAACCAGUAAGAAAGAUAUGUUUGAAAGCUUCAAAGGAUUGGUUUAUGUUUGCUAUUCUGGUUGGACAUAGUGUAAAAUAUUUGUGUUUGUAAAUGUUUUCAUGUAUCCCUAUUUAUAAAUGUGGCUUAAAUUAUACAUUGUAUUUUGCCUAAUCAAACUAACACUAAACAACUGUAAGUGACUGAGCAAGUGAGCCACUGACCUGAAUGUGAGCAGAUGAGCAUCACUGGAGCCAUGUACCCUACCCUCAGACAUUGCUCUCAAUAGGUCAGGUGUUGAUGUGCAUAUCUAAUAAAACAUUUUUUAUACCUGUCAAAGCCAAAA